AUGGCGCCACCAGCUGUUAAAGGCGCCAAGGGCGCCAACAGCGCCGUCAACGGCGAUGCCGCCGACACCAUUCCUUCUGUCCCCAAGAAGCCUCUGUUCGACGACGAGUCGAGCAGCGAGGAAGACCAGGAAGAGGGAGGCGUUCAGCUCAAGAUCAACGAGGAAUACGCCCGUCGGUUCGAGUACAACAAGAAGCGCGAGGAGCUCCAGAGGCUUCAGGAGAAGUACAAGGGCAAGAACAUUCUGGCCGACGACGAUGAGGAAGAAGAAUCCUCCGAGUCCGAGACCGAGGACGAUGACGCCGUCCUCAUGACGGAAGAGCUGGAUCGCGAGAUUUCAGCCACGCUCCAGGCCAUUCGCAAUCGCGAUCCCAAGAUCUACGACAAGAAUACCGUCUUUUACACGCCCUUCGAUCCUGACAAGCUGCCGACCAAGAAGGAGGAGAAGCCCAUGACCCUGCGCGACUACCACCGCGAGCGCUACCUGAGCGGCGAUGUUGGCGCCGAAGACGAUAAGGAUGGCGAAGCAGCUGGCAAGAAGACAUACGUGCAGGAACAGGAAGAGAUCAAGAAGUCCAUCAUCUCCGAAAUCAACCGCGUUGCCGCCGAGAACAAUGACGAUGAGGACUGGAGCGACGACGACGCCUUCAUCAAGCCUGUCAAGAGGGAGGAGGCCGAAAAGAAGCCUACGGUCAAGCUCACCGAGGAGGAUAUUGCUAAUGCUGAUAAAAAUCCCGAGGAAUUCUUGGAAAAGUUUAUGGCUUCCAAGGCUUGGCUACCUGAAGAUAAGGAGCACAACUGGCAGGCGUUCGAGUCUGACGAAGGCGAGGGUGAUGAUAUCGACCUUGCCGAGGAGUUCGAGCAUGCCUACAACAUGCGUUUUGAGGACCCAGAGAAGAGCAACGAAUUCCUGCAGACCUACUCUAGACGGAUGGCGGCGAUGCGCUCGGCCAGGAAGGAGGAAAUCUCGGGCCGCAAAAAGAAGCGUCAGGAAGAGAAGGAGAGAAAGGAGCGCGAGAAAAAGGAGCGCGAGGCCGAACGGGCUCGCCUGCGGAAGCUCAAGAUUGAGGAGGCUUCGGAGAAGCUCGCCAAGAUCAAGGAGGCUGCCGGCAUCCGCGGUAAGGAUCUCAAGGAGGAAGAGUGGCUCAAGAUCUUGGAAGAUGCUUGGGACGACGACAAGUGGGAGGAAGUCAUGCAGAAGUACUUUGGUGACGAGUAUUACAAUGAGGCCGACGAGGAGCUUAUGUCGAGCGACGAGGAGGAGGGCGAGGAUGGCAAGAAGAAAAAGAAGAAGCCGAAGAAGCCCAAGUGGGACGACGACAUCGACAUUAAGGAUAUCGUCCCCGACUUUGAGGACAAGCCGCCAGUCACGCUCUCCGACGAAGAAAAGACCCAGGGCGAGGCCGCUGAGGCGGAACAAGACGAAGAGUCCGGCUCUGACUCGGAGGACGAAGGCCCGGCCAAAAAGAAGCGCAAGACAACCAAGGACAUCAAGAAGGAGCGGAUAGCCGCGAAAAAGCAAGCCAAGGCUGAACUUGCCAAGAUCGAGCAGCUCGUCGACACCAAGAUGGAGUUAGAGAACCCCCGCGCGCUCGAGAAGGCCGCUCUCAAGGACAAGAAACGCCUCGGCCUGGAAGACGGCAUGCCCAAGUUCCGGUACCGCGAGGUCUCGCCAGAGUCGUUCGGUCUCACAGCCCGCGAUAUCCUCCUUGCUCCUUCCGACGCCGCGCUCAACCAGUUCGCCGGCCUCAAGAAACUUGCCACCUUCCGGGAGCCGGAGAAGAAGGCGAAGGACAAGAAACGGUUGGGCAAGAAGGCGCGCUUGCGCAAGUGGCGCCGCGAGGUGUUUGGCAAGGAGUACGAAAAGACAGGGCCGACAUAUGGGUUUGAAAAGCUGCUUGCCGAGAAUGGUGAAGAGGCUGCCACGGGGGCCAAUAGUUUCAAGCUGGGCAAACGGAGGGAGAAGGAGAAGUCAAAGGAUAAAAAGGAUAAGAAAGAGAGUGGACAGAGCGGUGAACCUGGCAGCGCGCAUAUUAUUGAUGGCGAGAGGAAGAAGAAGAGGAAGAGGAGCAAAAAGAAUAAGAACAAGAGCGGUGAGGCAGCGGCUCAGUAA